UUUGCUUCGUCCAUGAUACCCACACAUGGAUUAGCCUGGUGCCUCAAGGUGAUGUUCUGGUUUGAGGCAAAUGGGCGAGGAAGUCGAUGGAGCAAUCUGUUUACACCUCCCGAAGCUGACAUGAAUGUCAGCCUAGGCUCGCUGCUCGUGACUCAAGCUUUCUCUUGGGUACUCUGGCUCUCGAUAGUGCUCUACAUUGACGCCAUAAAUCCUUGGCAGUAUGGGAUACCGAGAAGUCCUCGAUUAUUUUUGUAGCCUCCAUGUACGAAAGACCCCGCAUCGACCAGGGACACCGACAUGCGGCGUCAGCAAUCGGAUAUGAUAGAACAAGUUUCGGCGGACGCCGGGUCCCCAGUCAUUCGACUCGUGAGCGUCAGUCACAGCUUCGACAAGGUGAAAGCAGUGGACAAUCUGUCUCUUGAAUUGUACCGGAAUCAGAUCACGGUCCUGUUGGGCCACAAUGGCGCAGGGAAAACAACAGCCAUGAACAUAAUCACUGGUUUGUUCCCGCCAUCGGAAGGCGACAUUUUCAUAAAUGAUCAUAGCGUCCUGAGAGAGACGAAAAAAGCUCGGCAGGACAUCGGUCUGUGCCCUCAGCACAAUGUUCUCUUCGACUACCUCACUGUCGAAGAGCACCUCCUAUUCUUCGCCAAACUGAAAGGCUCAGUCGGACCUAUAGACGAAGAAUGCAGAGUCAUUCUGCGAAAGGUGGAUUUGCUCGCCAAACGUCACGAUCUCGCUGCUAACCUCUCUGGAGGCAUGAAAAGGAAACUCAGCCUCGCCAACGCGAUGAUCGGCGGAAGUCGGAUCCUUAUCCUCGAUGAGCCGAGCUCUGGCCUGGAUCCCGAGGCUCGGCAUUUCGUCUGGGGCUUCCUCCAAGAGGAGCGGAAGAGACGGACGAUAUUGAUGACUACUCAUCAUAUGGAAGAAGCAGACGUCCUCGCGGAUCGCGUGAUUCUCUUGACGAGAGGGCGUCUCAUGUGUGCAGGUUCCCCCAUGUUCCUCAAGCGUAAAUUCGACACUGGCUACAAACUCCGGCUGACGAAAGAAAAACCUGAAGUCGACUCGAUUCCCAUAUUUUCGGCCGUGAAAGACGCUUUAGGCCGCCUCUCGGGCAGGAGAACUUUAUCGAUGACCGAAAUGGGCUAUGAAGUCAUAAUUAACAUCGGUUUCCCGAAGAAUGCGAAGAUGAUCGAACUCUUCAAGAGACUGGAGGAAGGGAAAGAAGAUUUGGGGAUAGUGAGCAUUGGUGCUUCGGUCACGUCAAUGGAAGAUGUUUUCCUCAAAGUGGGAGACCUGGACGAGGCGGCGAUGGAAGCUGGAGCCGACCCCGUGGCGACGAAAGAAUCAUUCGAACGCUUGCCGCGGUUCGAGCCCCUUACGGGCAUAAGCCGCAUCUGUCGGCAGUUCCGAGGUCUCCUGUGGAAACGAUUCCAUUCAUUCAAGCGAGAAUGGAAGUAUUUCUUGUAUUCCAUGAUGUGGCCGAUGCUGUUGAGCUAUCUGUUCUGUUCGGUAAUGGAUAUGGUGAUUAGGGGUGAGGAGACCUUCAAAUUCCUCUAUGCUAUGAAGAGGCUCUUCGGGCUCACUAAAGGCUUUCUAGCGGGUCCCCAAGACUUUUUCCUGUCGCGUCUACGGGACGAAUUCGUCAGUCAUGGCGUGAAGUUCGACCUCACCCUCAAGGAUCUGGACUCUGACAUCAACGAUCAUCUCAUCAAGCUGCGUGAGUUUGAUGAGUACCGAAACAAAUGGUCGGUGGGUCUGGCGGACGAUAGAUUGUGGUUCAAUGGACACCUGCAGCAUUUGGGUGCUGUUGCGUUGACGAGAUGGCAGAAAGUCGCCUUGAGCAAGAUCACGGGGAUGAAAAGCGAGGUGGACGUGAGCAAUUGGCCCAUUCCAGCCGUAAAGCCUCUGCAUCUCAUGAUCACGAUGCUGCAAGUUCGAGUCUUCGGAACCUUCGUAAUGGCAGCAAUGUUUGCUUAUUUGGCAUGCCCUGCCAUCGGAUAUCCAAUCAUCGAGAAACAAACGAAAUCUAAACUGAUCCAAAUGAUGACCGGAGUGAACCCAGCCUUGUUCCAUCUCUCGAAUUUCUGUUUCGACAUCUUGGUUCAAACAACCGUGGCAACUCUUAUUCUGGGUCUGAUGUUCAUCAAGAAUCCAGUGGCCAUGUGCGCUCUUUUCUUAUGCUACUCGACUGCAAUGAUACCACUAUCGUAUCUCCUGUCAAACCUGUGGUCCGAUCCUUCAUCGGCGUUGUCAACAUUCACGACUUUGAACGUCGCUCCCGUCGGGAUCACCGGCCUAGUGCUAGCGAUUUCUGAGGCUCUGUACUAUGGCUUCGGUGUCGAGGUUUUCAAGAAUGUACCCUACAUGGUGAAAAUGUCCUCGAUUCACCCAACGUUUUCUGCGUCUUGGGGAAUGACCAGCAUUCUCAUGAAUGGCAUAUCAGCGAAGGUAUGCGGAGUAGCGAGUGAUUUCGAGCUCGCUCUCGUCUGCAAUUUCGGAGGUUUGCCGUCGUGCUGCCAGCAGUGUUCGGGGAGUGAUUCCGGCUACUGCAUCGAAUAUCAGAGUUCAUUCUCGAUGGAUCCAGUAUAUGGGGCUCGAUAUCAGAUGCUGACGCUUUUAUCUGUCGGAGGACUUUGCACGCUGCUCGUGGUGCUAAUGGAGACGGAUUUAGGAUUGUAUGACUAUAUGGUCGAAAGUCUCUUCGCGUUUUCGAGGAGCUUUUCGAGAGAGACUCCCGUCGGAUCCCUUACCCAGCCGGGGAACUCUGUCGGCGACAGGCCCAACGAUGUCCGUCGGAAAGAUGACGACGUCCUGAGAGAAGAAAGAGAAGUAGAGGCCAUCAUCAGCAGGGGUGAAUCAGGUCUGCACACGCUGCUGGCAAGCAAACUGACGAAAUAUUUCUGGACAUUCAAAGCUGUCGACAACGUAUCGUUUCACGUGACCGGUAAUGAGUGUUUCGGCCUGCUGGGAACGAAUGGAGCUGGGAAGAGCACUGUUUUCGAUAUGCUCACCGGCCAUGUCCCGACAUCUGGAGGAAACGCAUACAUCAAGAACGUCGAUUUGAAGGGACGCCGGCGCGAAUUCCGACGCAAUAUCGGAUACUGUCCACAAUUCGAUGCCUUACUAGCGAAUAUGACUGGCCGAGAAAUUUUGGAACUUUUCUGCGCGCUCCGAGCCGUGCCGAAACCUGACUCCGAGACGAUUAUGAGGACGUUGAUAAGGUCUGCCGAUAUUCUGCCUCACAUCGACAAAACGAUACAAGAGUUCAGUGGCGGGAGCAAGCGAAAGCUCUCGCUUGCCCUUGCGAUGAUUGGGAAUCCACUCAUCUUGCUCUUGGAUGAACCUUCUGCCGGGGUGGACCCUACAGCUCGGCGAAGAAUUUUCCAUACGCUCGCCGGAGUUCAGAAAGACUUGAACACUGCCAUAGUGUUAACUUCGCAUUCUCUGGACGUAUGCGAGGCCCGCUGCGACCGUAUAGCCAUUAUGGUGAAAGGCAGCUUCCGAUGUUUAGGCUCUACUCAGCAUUUGAAAUCGAGAUACGGAAGUGGCUACAUCGUUCAGGUCAAAGUGAAGAAGCAGCGAAAAAAUAUGCUGGAAGAUCUCAACCACGCGAUGAGUAAUUUGUUCGACGGCAAAUGUAAACUGAACAAGAGCUACAUGAGCUUGUUUCACUUUCACAUCGACGACAAGUCACUCAAAUGGAGCAAGCUUUUCGAGCAAGUACAGAGACUGCGAGAAGACUCCUCCCUCGACAUCGAGGAUAUUCAAGUGUCUGACACGACUCUACAAGAACUAUUCCUGAGCUUCGGUGAGGCGAAGAAGGAGCGAACCUCUAUUUCGAGCACAUUGUCGUGA